UCUAUACCUGCACGCUGGUUGCAACUUGCGUAUGGAAAACGCUGUGCCUUUGUGGAGCAAUGUCAUGCCUGUGGUAUUCGGCGACACACCUGGCGCCGCUCCCUGCGAAUUCUCCGGUUCACCUGGCGCCGCUCUCUGCGAAUUCUCCGGUUCACCUGGCGCCGCUCUCUACGAAUUCUCCGGUUCACCUGGUGGCGCUCUCUGUUUCACGGCAACCGCGUCUCUAGCAGCUUGUUUUGCCACGUACCUCUAUCUUGUUGCGCUUGUCGGCGACCGUCGCAGAUCACGCGCCUCUUGGGCCCGCGAUUCGCUCUUCGCAUGCUGGACCAUUUUCGCUGUGGAUCAAAUUAGAUGGUCUGGAGUGGGCAUCUCCAUCUUACCAGUGGUUCUAGUGCACUUUCUUCUUCUAGAAGAAGUACAAGUACGAGUUUUGGGAAAUGUUCAAAAUCAAAUCAUCAGCUUCAUCAUUGGCUUCUGCAGGAGUACGUGGCAGCUACCACCAGAACCGCCAUCAUCAGCGCCACCACUAGGAGUCUUCAGUUGUGGGAGGCAUGCCGACACUUGCCAACAGCUGCUCUGCGCGCAGCCUGAAGAAGGGCGGAAGUUGGCUCCCUCAAACGGCACCGGGCUGCACUUUGUGAAGCAGAGCUUCCAAGUAGUUCUUGUGCGCCUCCUUCUUCUAGUAACAGUAGCCUUGGGCAAUGUUCAAAGUCAAAUCAUCAACUUCAAUACUGGUAGCUUCUGCAGGAGUACACUGCUACAUUCAACACAGCCAGUACUGCCAUUACCUUUACCACCAGCAAUCUCGACCUCGAGGCGUAAUAGGUUUGCCGACACUUGCCAGCAGGCAUCUUGCGCCGAGUCUGACAAAGUAAGAAAGCGGUCUGGCUUGCAAAGUACCCGGCUACUCUUUUCGAAGCAGAUUGUGCCAGUGUUGUUGCAGUUGCUCUUCCUAGUUCCCGCGGUGGACGUCUCGAAGCAGAAGAAUCGUCUAGAAAUGUUGAACAAGCAAGAAGAAGGAGUAGAACUAGCAGGCGAGAGCCAGCAAUUAGACGAGCACAGAAGCCUUCAGGAGGCGCAGACGCAGGAGUUCCUAUCUGGCUCGUCUUGGCAGAUCCUGUCGCUUGCAGAUAAAGAUGUUGACCAAUCAGAGGACAGAGCGCGUUGCUAUGACUUGAGGAAAGUGAGGUGGCACCUCCAGGUCCCGCCAAAAAAGUCAAACUCAAAGCUGCGGAAACUGCGGGAUCAGAAGAAGACGAGAGUGGCUGUCAAGGAGGCCGGCGCGGCGACAAUCUAUGAAAUGACCCUAGAUCAAGAUAAGGAAGACCAGACGAAGAAGUAUGUCUUGCGGCAUACAACUGCUCGGGUGGAGAUGAACCGCAUCACAGCCAAUCCACCAAGACAAACAUGGUGGGCAAGUGCCACUGAUCUCCUAGCACGUGCCAUUGAUCUCCUUCCCCUAGCACGAGCUAAACCACAUACGCUAGGCUCCCUUGAGCUUACCACCGAAGAUCUUGUCCAGCACCUCACGGCGGGACGAAGGUGGGCUGAUGGAGGUCUUGUAGCAGUCGAAAAAGCACUCGCGGGAAUUUGCAUCAAACUUGACGUUAGCAAGAACAUGAAGGAUAUGGUGGCACCUACGCACGAGGUGUGGACUGCAUUCACCAAGCGCGAGCAGGAGGAGCUGCUCAACAUCGUUUACGUCCAAGACUACUUCCCGCUCGGCGAUCUGCAUUCCUUCGUCAACUCCAAGGGCCUCCGCCGCUUUUAUGAAGAUAUCAAAAGCAGGAGCGAGUUCGAGGCGGCUUCUUUUUGGUUUCAUUUGUUCAACGGAUUUACCCGUGAUCUUGUGGUAGCUGUCUCCACGUUGCACACUCUCGGCUACGCGCACCGCGGCAUAAAACCAGAAAGCAUCCUCGUAGAACAAGACGAAGGCAGAGCCGGCACCCGUUACAAACUGCGUCUCACAGGCUUUGACUACGCGCUUCGAACUAACCGCAAAAAAGAGGAAAAUACAGGCGUUAUGACGAAAAUCCAUCGAAUAAAUAUUCGAACUGCCACUUUUGUUUGUUCUCGUAUGUAUAGUUGCUAGCACUCGCCACCGCGGCUGUCUCAACUUUCAGUAGGUGUUCACUUUAUAUAAAUAUUAUACUUAAUAUCAUAUAUUAGUUUAUGUAAAUGUUGGUAGCUUCUUCUUCUUGAUGUUUUUUCCGUUCUUCCUCUUAUUGUGCGAGAGUGGUGGAGCGAAGAUAAGGCUCAAUACGAGGGGACGCAGAGCAGGUGGAGCGAUCCCAUCCUUAUACUGGCAGACCUGGCAGGGGAUAAAAUUGUGUCGUGGAAGCUGAAUGUUUUUCACUCUGACGCGUGGGCUGUCGGGAUUAGUCUUUACCAUGUGGCUGGUGUCGCGUUGUGCAACGCCGGGCUGUGCGCCCGGCGAGGCUUCUUGGGCGCAGUGGAAUGGGUUGAACAGGACCUGCGUCUCCUUGAAUAUUCACGCGGCAGGAUCGUCGAAGGCAGCUACAGUAGAGCAGUGCGCUGGUGUUCGUGCCUGAAAAACCAUGGGCGUGUCGAUAGUGGAGAAGUUGCAGCUGGCUGGGAAGAACUGCAACCGCCCGGGAAUAAUGGAGUAGGACAAAGCGCGCCAGUAAUUCCAGUACCAGCUCCGCCUCCGGCCGCUGCCGCUGUUCAAGACGCUUUGCAGCCCAGCAUCGACUUCUUUCGGGAGUUCCUCACUGCGAUAGUGGCGCAUGCAAUGACGUGUGACACAAAUGCGCGGAACUUGAAGACCCUUGUCAAGAAAGUCUCGAGCAUACCUCCACCUCCUUGGCUGAUCCCGAUGCCCUUUCCGAAUUUACCGGACAUACCCGCGCCGCAACCUCCAUCGAGCGCGGAGUCGCCGCCGCUUCCACAGGGAAACCCUCCGAUGUUGGACAAGGAUACACGCUCGGGUGAAGCCGACGAGAGCGAUCAGCGCCCCCCGCCGCCGCCGCCGCCACCGUCUUCAUUCUUCGGGAAGAGGGCCGGCAGCCUCGAACGUGCCCGUGCUGCCUCUUCCAGCAGUACCACCCCGUACGCUGUAUCCAGACCCGGAGAUCUGGCGAACGUGGAACGGAGCAGCAGUGCAUUCUUCGCAGUUUCGGACUGGGACUGGGCUCCGGCCGAAAACCGUGACAACUAGAUGAAGGCGUGGGAAGUUUCUUAAUAUCUUGAAAUCUGAUCACUCGACCUGGGGGAGGUGCGGGUUCGUAACCAGGUAGUCUCUAAGGAACUAACGGCCUUGGAGUCACUCCUAAGCUAGGUGCGCGACUGGAGUACGAGUGCAAGCAAGUCGAGCGCUUCUAAUAGUUACAGGCUGCUGGAGAUCUACGACGCAGAGACCUUCGUCUCAGCGACAGGGCCCGUAUCUGUUGUUGCUCGUAUGUUUGUAUCCCAGUCAGGUUUCAAGACGAUAAAGAAAACUAAGAGAAUCCCCUGUAGAUUUAGGCGCCAGGUCUAGCAGUGUCGUAUAAAAUGAAUCUACACGAUUUUUCAAACGAAAAUUGUACCACAGAUCUGCACAGUAGAAGUCACAAGGUAAACGUAUCAAAAAACCAUUUAGCAACAAGUCCAUUCCAAAAACAAGAGUCAGUACAACGCAGAGUAGACAGUAGAGGUAGAUCAGUUCAACAAUUUCCCACUAAAAUACAAAAAUAAUUAGCGUAACUCGUAUUUCAAUCGAUGUUUCCCUAGCAUCCACCCAGCUUCUAACGCUUGCAUUCGACUCACGCCAGGGUCUGUACAGGAUAAAAGAAUUAUCGUGGCCAUGAAGCAGAUACUCAUCUCCAAUUUCUCUUCCUUACCUCCAACCAGGAGCAACCAAUCCCAAUGAAACAAAUCUGAAUGCAACAAAAUUUGAAGAGUCACCGUCUAGGACAAAGAAUCAUACCCUAUGCUAAAAUUCUCAGAGUCUGCAUCAAAUCAAGUCGAGCUGGAGGAGCAUCAUCUGAUCGGAGGCAACUGUCUCCUUAUGUUCGUAUUCAAAUGCGCGUUACAAGGUCGCGUACUACAUCUACCAAGUUAUAUGGUGAAAAAACG